ACGAGGAGCAGAGAGAAGAAACAGAGGAGCACUCGCGCACGCCGCAAAGAAGCGCGCAUCCACGGCUUGUUUCCAGAGUUGUCCUCCAGCGUGCGGCGAGCACAGCCACGCAAAGCCGGCUGCGGACCAUUUUUUGGAAACUGCGCGAAUUUAAUUUCUCCUCGAUGCCCCGCGGAGGCUUGUAGCAAAUCGCAGUUUGUGCUUUUUUCCCUAAUAAUUAAUGCGAGUGUCAAGAAUCAGCUCAUCCCACUCGCGCCGAUGGUGGAGGAAGCUCGAAACUCACCUGCCAUCAACAGUUCUUGGGGGAAUCAAAAUAUUCUAAAUGCGUGUGACCUGAAGAUCUUUCGCGAAAUUUUGACCCCUCAAGACCUUUUUUGCUUUAGCAACAUCUACUGGACACGAACAGAGACGAAUUUCUCGCCGGGUCUAAUUUGAUGCCGAGCCGUAGACCCAUGCUGUGGGAACUGGCAAAAGCAGAUUCCUCCGGAGGCUGACCUCAUCGAAAAGCGUUGAGGAAUUUAACGUGGUGAGCAAAAGACACGUAGCAUGGCGUGCACCGGCGGCCAAUUCGUAUCACGCCGAGUCCAAGAUGUACAACGGCAGAGGGUGCCGAAGGGCGUGCGUCAAGGGCGCGCCACCAAUGACCUGCAGAUACCACUUUGUCAUGGAGUACUACAGCACCCUCGGACCGGCUUGCCGUGACUGUCCGAACAACCGGACGGCGUGUUUUGAGCGGCAGUGCGUGACGGCGGACGGAAUCGAAAGAGGAAUCAUGACGAUCAAUAGAAAAAUGCCGGGACCAUCCAUACAGGUGUGUCAAGGUGACAUGGUGGUGGUCGAUUUUGAAAACCGAAUUCCCGGCGCGGCCACCGCCAUUCACUGGCACGGCAUUUUGCAAAGGGGCUCCGCGUUCAGCGACGGCGUCCCGCAGCUCACCCAGUGCCCAAUUCCCGAAGGCACCACUUUUAGGUAUGCAUAUGAGGCGGACGAAAUCGGCACUUACUUCUGGCACUCUCACGACGGUUUGCAAAAAAUGGACGGCCUGACUGGCAGCAUCAUCGUAAGAAGCCUUAAAGACCCCAGUUUCCAGCACUACGAUUGGGAUUUGCCCUCCCACGUGAUCGUCCUGCAGGACUGGCUGCACCAGUACACGGCUGAACGUCUUCCAGGCCCUCGCCGCUUCCGCAGAGGUCAACGCCCCGACGCUCUGCUCAUCAACGGCAGGGGCAGAUUCAUUAACCCCGUGACGAAUUCUAGCAACGGCAUUCCCUUGAGCGAGUUCCGCGUGUUCCCAGGUUUCCGGUACCGUUUCCGUCUGAUUCACGCCGGCUGUCUGGUGUGUCCACUGGUCUUCACCGUGCAAAAGCACUACCUGACGGCCAUCGCGACCGACGGCAGUCCUAACAAGCCUGUCGUCGUCGACUCGCUUGUAAUUUUGCCAGGCGAGAGAUAUGAUGUGGUGAUCAACGCGAACAGACCUGUGGGAAUUUACUGGAUCAGUCUGCGCGCCGUCGGGGAGUGCGAAAACCUCAACAUUUAUCAGGAAGCGUUGCUCAUUUACGAAGGCGCCUCGUACAAUUCCCUGCUCGCCUCGCCCAGCCCUGGACCUGCAGGUCUUCCCGAAGGAGUUGUGCUGAAUCCUCUGGCGGGCGCGUGCAAGCCGGGCCAACCUGGCGUCUGCGUCAAUCAACUGCAAGCCGAAGGACCUUUGCUCGCCGUUGACCCAGUUUUGACCUCCCAAGAUGUCAUCAGAAUGACCAUGACUUUCGACUUUCACACGUUUGACUACGACUCUCUCUUCAAAAACCCCCACUUUUACAAAUUCUAUGUUCCUGCACCUUCGGAUAUUCAGGUGGCUGGCAGAAUGAACAACAUUUCUUUGAUCCUUCCACCUGCGCCGCCUCUCAGUCAGCCUGACGUUUUAGAAAACCUUUGCGCGAGUGGCAGUGAAAAGUGCUGCCAAAACCCUCAAACAGAGGGAAUCAUUCCCGGCCACCGAGAGUGCAUCAACAUAAUUUCUGUGCCAACAGGAUCGAUCGUGGAAAUCCUCUACCUUGACAACAUGAACACAAAUGGAGGUCUAACGCACCCCAUUCACAUGCAUGGACUGAUGUUCUACGUUCUGGAAAUCGGAAGCAGUGAUGACAGAUUGAUGGGGAAACACCUUCUGUCCUACGAUUAUAGGAACAAUCCUAAUCCAAACAAAAAGGACACCAUUGCUGUGCCGAGCUUUGGAUACGCCAAAAUUCGAUUCAAGGCCACUAAUCCAGGUUACUGGUUGAUCCACUGUCACAUUUUGUUCCACCUUGACUCGGGCAUGGGCGCAAUCUUGAAGAUUGGCGAGCAGUCCGAGUUCCCGGCAGUGCCAAAAGGCUUCCCCCGGUGCGGCGACUACAAGCCCGGCUACUAGCUGGGCUGAUUGAUGGCGUUGCGAGAGGAGCGAAGAAUUCGUCAUCAUUAGCCGCGAAUCUGAUGAAACAAAGGCGCUGAUUGUGAGGGGCAUUAGGGCGCGAGAGGGGUAGCAAACAGCAAUAGCGCGCGGCCGAAAACGACUAUCAAAACCGGCCACACGCAAGCGCACCGCGGCUAUUUCCACUUGGCCCUGGCCCGGCAUUGUUACUUGUCUCGCCGCUAAUCCUCUACUCUCGCUGACCCCGUGUUAAUUGUUCAAUUUAACUUAUUUCGCUCAGUAAAUAUACAAAUGUUAAUGUGUCUUUUCCUCCGUUUGUCAAGUCCGUUUUCAAUAAAAUGGACUAAUUUAUUGUACAGAGAAAAAAGUCGCCAAAUCGUUUACUCAUCAAACGUGCUUUUAUUUUAUUUUUUUAAUUGUAUCAUAAUCAACUUGUAAUUUAAAAUUAUUGCUGACAAAAAGCGAAAAAGCCUCAUUUUAUUUACAUGCAUACAUAAAAUUAAAUUAAUUUUAAUUCAAUUUGGUAGAAUUU